AUGUCUAGUGUCAUGAAUAGGCUUGAGGCCCAAAAUUCUGGAAAAUUGCCAUCUCAAACCGAGGUGAACCCCAAGAAGAAUGUGAGUGCUGUGACAUUAAGGAGUGGUAAGGAGCUUAUUGAUCAUGCGUCCGAAAAGAGCAAGGUUGUGGAAGAGAAGACAAGAGUUGAAGAUGAGGAGGUGGAGGUUCUUACUCCUUCCAAAGAGGUGGAAAAAGUGGUGAGUCCUAGCUCUCACCAAGAGGUAAAAUCUUUCCCGGAAUACAAACCGGCACCCCCUUUUCCCGAUGCACUUAAGGACAAUCGUAAGCUUGAUUUAUCUAAGGAUAUUUAUGAAACAUUUAGCCAAUGUAAUGUGAAUAUUCCUUUGUUGCAAUUGAUUAAGACUGUGCCUUUGUAUGCUAAGUGGUUAAAGGAGAUGUGUUCAAUUAAGAGGAAAAGUAAUGUUAAAGGAAAACAAACGGUUAAGGUUAGUGAACAUGUUUCCGCUGUUUUUCAAAAGAGAAUGCCAAAGAAAUGCGAUGAUCCGGGCAUGUUCACUAUUCCUAUAACUCUUGGUGAUACUAAGAUUGAUAGGGCCAUGUUAGAUUUAGGAGCCUCCAUCAAUGUGCUUCCUUAUUCUUUGUAUGAGUCUUUGACACUUGGUGAUUUGCUUCCUACCAAUGUUGUUAUCCAACUUGCGGAUAGAUCCACUUCCAUUCCUAGAGGUGUAGUUGAAGAUGUUCUUGUGGUAGUUGAUAAGUUGACUUUUCCUGCUGAUUUUUAUGUGAUUGAUAUGGAGCAUGAUAAGCAUUCGCCCUAUUCUUUUAGGAAGGCCGUUCUUGAAAACGGCUAA